AUGGAGUACAGGGGCUGCCUCGACGAAUUUGGCAUCAAAGCCAUCAACUCUCCCGGCCUGGGAGAGAAGCUCGGCGAGGCACUUGGCCUCUCAGGCGCCGUGGUUAUCCCCGCCAACACAGCCACUGUCAGAACAUCCGGAACGACCGGCGUGACCAAGGAUAUGGUACUGCCUGCGUCUGCCACCGAGCAGAUCAUGCUUGCCUUCCAGAACGUCGAAGACACAAUGGUGGCUGCUGGUGUUAAAGACGGCUGGCGGGCCGUCUUCGACCUGACCACGUACCACACCGGCCCCCUCGAUGAUCCCGAAGUCAAUACCGCUCUGGAGGCUGCGUUUGAAAUGCACCUCAAGGGAAACAAGCCGACAUGGGCCGCUAUCGGGGUCGCGAACCUUUACCAGGGUGCGCGCAUAGAGGUCAGGGUGACUGCUGCACUGAAGGCUUGA